AUGAAUGUACGACCGCCUAUAGAGUCGUCCUCUCCCACGGCGGUUCUAUCUGUGGCCUUUAACAAAGACUCCAGCUGUUUUUCCGUGGGUUUGGAGUCCGGAAUCUGCGAUUUCAACGCCGGCAUCGGCCUUGUACGGAUGAUGGGAACGACAAACUACCUCGCUCUUGUUGGCGGCGGUAAAUCUCCAAAAUUCGCCAUGAACAAGGCCAUCAUAUGGGACGACAUGAAAGGCAAAGUUGCGUUGGAAAUCUCAGCCCUCAGUGCUAUUCGCGGCGUCCAGCUGAGUAGGGAUCGCAUCGUCGUCGUCCUGCAGAAUAGCGUGCGUGUCUACUCGUUCGCUAAGCCUCCAGAGCUGCUUCACGUAUACGAGACCGCCGAUAACGUCCUCGGCCUGUGCUGUCUCUCAGAUAAAAAGCUUGCCUUUCCAGGCCGCACAACAGGACAGAUCCAGCUCGUAGAGCUUGGCACGGGUAAUGUUAGCAUCAUUCCAGCUCACUCAUCUGCCCUCAAAGCUAUUCAGCUCAGUGCAGACGGAGAGCUGCUGGCCAGCGCCAGCGAAACUGGAACUCUUAUCCGUGUAUAUUCGACCAGCAACUGCGCCAGGUUAGCAGAACUUCGCAGGGGCAUCGACCCGGCAACCAUAUUUUCCCUCGCCUUCUCCCCAUCUGGAUCAUUACUGGCCUGCACAUCUGACAAAUCUACGCUUCACAUCUUCGACGUACCCCAUCCCCGGCGGCCGAGUGCUCAUCGUAGCCCGCAGCCAGGUAGUGCAGGAUCAGAUGCAGAUGUCGGGAAAUGGGGCAUUCUCAGUAAAAUCCCACUUAUGCCGCGAAUGUUUUCCGACGUCUACUCUUUCGCUUCGGUGCCCUUCGAGGCCGGUAACGAGUCCAUGAUUGGCGGCAUACCAUUUACAGAGGGCACCGUGUUGGGAACUACAAGGCCUCCCAAGGGAGUUAUUGGAUGGAUUAGCGAGGAUAGCCUUGCGGUUAUUGGCGCAGGCGCGGACGCACGAUGGGAGAAAUUCACAUUGGUCGAUGGCGAUGACGGAAAGCGGCACUGCGUCCGCGAAGGCUGGAAACGAUAUCUAGGAAACUCAUGAGACAGAGGUAAGGAAGAAAUAUCCAAGGGUAACGAAUGAUUUGACUCAGAUGCAACGGAGGUAUGGCGUUUUUUGGGUGGGCAGCAAUAGUAAUGUUUGGAAAGAGACGUGGGAAUAUUUUGGGUAGUCGCCCUGUUAGGGACUAUAGUUGUAGCUUUGGACCAGAUGUUAAUCUUGACGGCGUCGAGGAGAUCGGCUUCUAUUUCUCCUAUG